AUGGCAUCCAACAUGAAGAAAGCUGGUUUGGUAAUCAGGAAAUCAUUUCGCUCAAAACGAUAUGCAGCUUGGGAGAAGGAAAACAUGUCGAAGUCGGUAACAACAGCUGAUGGAGAAACAACAGGUGAGACUUCACAGUACAGAGCUCGUAGUUUGUCGACAUCGGCGUGGUCGGGGGAGGAUGAGAAUGGAGAUACGUCUACUUUGGCUAACCCCGGGACACCUGCUGCUACUCGUUCACAAAUAUGGCUUAAGAGAGGGACAAGUAUGACGCAGUCGAUGCGGGAUGCCGUCGGAAAUCUCAGACAGAAAAUGAGAAUGUCAACCAGACGCAGCCGUCUGAAUGUUACAGUGACGAAAGUUGGCACUAGACGACACACACUCGGAGGGCGUGAUGCACAUCUCCACUCAGCAGCAAAGGUGUCAUCUCCGAGAUCUCGCGUCAAAACCAGCUUGUCUGUGGAAACUCCUACUAGACUCCGCCGUGAGGUUGAAUCAUUAACAGCAAACAUGCAAGCUCUGAAUGCGCUUACACCAAAUGCCAUGGAGGGCAGAACUAGAACAAGGAAAGCCCCACCUUUGACAAACGGCAGCCUGAAGACACCGAGAGUUUCACACAGACGUGUCUCACAGGUCUAG